AUGCGUCUGGUUCUAGCUCUCUUUGCGAUUGCUGCGGCUGCCACUGCAGCAUCUGCUGGCACGGUUCCCCCCGAGCUGGCAGUCAUCGGCGAGCCAUCGACCGUUUUGAAUGUGACAUAUUCUGUGGGAUUAUCCGAAUUCAGCUUCAAGCCGGCAAUUUCCUCAAAGCAACCGGUAUUCGCCAAGGAUGCACCACAGCCGCACCUGCAUGACUUGGGAUUGAGUAGAGCCAAUCGCUACCUUCUGCUAAUGGUUGAUCCCGACUGGAACAAAACAAGUCCUCCAUCGGUAAUUGUGCACACUGUUGUCGCCAACCUGACCACGAAUGUCAACAGUACUAGCAAGGCGAACGUAAUCACGACAUAUGUUGCUCCCCAGCCCAUGUCCGGAACACAUAAUUACACAUUGUUCCUCUUCAACCAACCCUCCAACUUUAGUAUACCUGUCCGCUAUGCGUCCUUUAUGGAGACGACCGAUCAAACCCAGCUCAACCGAUUGAACCUCCCCCUGGAGAAUUUCAUCAACCAGACUGGACUAGGAACACCGGUCGCAGCCAAUUACUUCCGUGUUACAGCGAGCAACGGCACCAGCACCGCCACCGCCACCACCGCCAGCACAGUCGCUAGCAGUACCUCCAGUGGGGCAGCCAUCAAGAUGGUGGCCAGCUAUUAUCUGGCAGGUGCACUAACCCUAGUGAGAGCAGCUGUUAUUGUUGUUUAA